CAGUGUUUCUGUAAGAAAUAGUACAUACCAAUAUUUCAUGCAUGACAAGAUUUUUAUAAGAAAUUUCUUACAACUGAAAAAUAACUUAAGCAAUACUGAAAACAAGUAUGUAAAAUGUUUGGAAAAUAGAACUGGAUUAAGUUUGCAAGCACACCAGCCUGACCUGCAGAGAUUUCAAACUGAGGAGAUAAUUAAUGAAUGCAGUCAAGUUGAGAAGUCUGUCAACAAUUGUUUCUCAGUUUCAUCAUUUCAAAGAAUUCCUUCUACUGUCAAAAACUUUUGUAAUAAAUAUAGGAAGAUUUUUAAAUAUCCUUUGUUACCUGCACAAUACAAGAUAACACAACAUACUACAGAAAAACCUUACAAAUGUAGUGACUGUGGGAAGGCUUUUUCUAAAAGCUCACAACUCAUGAAUCAUGAGAGAAUUCAUUCUGGGCAGAGACCUUAUAAAUGUAAUGAGUGUGGCAAAGACUUUAUGUUGCAUUCACAUCUUACUCAACAUAAGAAAAGCCAUACUGGAGAGAAACCUUAUAAAUGUAAUGUGUGUGGCAAAGCUUUUAUCCAGAGUUCAAGCCUUAUGAAACAUCAGAGAAUUCACACAGGAGAAAAACCUUAUAAAUGUAAUAAAUGUGGUAAGGCUUUUAGCCAAUGUUCACAACUUAGGAGUCAUGACAGAACUCACACUGGAGAGAAACCUUAUAAAUGCAAUGAGUGUGGCAAAUCUUUUACCCAAUUUACAAAUCUUACUGCACAUCAGAAAAUACAUACUGGAGAGAAACCACACAAAUGUAAUGUGUGUAGCAAAGCUUUUAUCCAAAGAUCAAGCCUUGUGGAACAUCAGAGAAUUCAUACAGGAGAAAAACCUUAUAAAUGUAAUAAAUGUGAUAAGGCUUUUAUUGCACGUUCACACCUUUGUAGUCACGAGAAAGCUCAUACUGGAGAGAAACCUAACAAAUGUAAUGAGUGUUGCAAAGCCUUUAAAGACCGUUCACUUCUUAAUAAACAUAGGAGAAUCCAUACUGGAGAGAAACCUUACAAAUGUAACAAGUGUGGUAAAGCUUUUACCCAAUUGGCACACCUUACUAUGCAUCAGAAAAUACAUACUGGAGAGAAACCACACAAAUGUAAUGUGUGUGGCAAGGCUUUUAUACAAAGAUCAGGCCUUAUGGAACAUCAGAGAAUACAUACAGGAGAAAAACCUUACAAAUGCAAUGAAUGUGGCAAAGUCUUUCGUCACAGUUCACACCUCAUACGUCACUGGAGAAUUCAUACUGGAGAAAAACCUUACAAAUGCAAUGAGUGUGGCUUAGCCUUUAUGGAGCGUUCAAAUCUUACUCAACAUAAGAAAUUCCAUAGUGGAGAGAAACCUUACAAGUGUAAUGAAUGUGGCAAAGGUUUUACAGAGCGUUCACAUCUUAAUAAACAUGAGAGAAUCCAUACUGGAGAGAAACCUUACAAAUGUAAUGAGUGUGGCAAAGCUUUUACCCAAUUUGCAAACCUUAAAAGGCAUCAGAAAAUACAUUCUGAAUAGAAACAGUAUACACGUAAUUUAUGAGGCAGUGCCUUUUAUUCAAAGCACAAGCUUUGUGCAUCAU